AUGACUGCCGAGAAGGAGAAACACAGCUUGCGGCAGCUCGCCUCCCACGAUUCGCACCGCGACAGCGGGUCGCUCACAGAAGUCGGCAGCCGGACAGGGAUGGAGGCCCGCAAGAAGGAGAACCAGCUUCUCGCCAACCCUCUCAUGAACAAGUCGGAGAGCGAACUCUGCCGAGACGUCGACGAGUUUGUCGAGCGUACGGGAAUGACCGACAUCCGCAAGCUGCUCUACCGUGCUGCGCUCGUCGCUCAGGACCGCCACAACUUUGAGCGGCUCCACCAGCUGUCGGAGGAGGAGAAGGUCUUCCUGCGCGAGGAGAAGACACACAAGUGGCGACAGACCAAGACGCUGUACUGGCAGAUCUUCAUGUGCAGUAUGGGCGCCGUCGUACAAGGCAUGGAUGAGACUGUCAUCAACGGCGCAAACUUGUACUACCCGAAACAGUUCGGAAUCGGCGCCAAAACCCGCCACGACACGAUCCUCGUCGGCCUGGUCAACGCCGCGCCGUAUUUGUGCUCGGCGGUGUUCUCUUGCUGGCUCACGUACCCGCUCAGCAAGUACUUGGGACGUCGAGGAGCGAUUUUCUGGAGUACGCUCUGCGCAGGUUUGGGAUGUAUCUGGGGCGCCCUUACGAACACUUGGUGGCACCUCUUCAUCUCGCGCCUCUUCCUCGGCCUUGGGAUCGGCCCGAAAAGUGCCACGGUCCCCAUCCUCGCCGCCGAGAUCUCGCCAGCAGCGAUUCGCGGCUCGCUUGAGAUGCAAUGGCAGACCUGGACCGCUUUCGGGAUCAUGCUCGGCACCGUCUCGUCCCUCAUCUUCCAGAACGUCCCCGACAAGCCUGGCAUCACCGGCCUGAACUGGCGUCUCAUGCUCGGCUCCGCAUGCCUGCCCGCCGUCAUCGUCUGCUCACAAGUGUACCUCACUCCCGAGUCGCCGCGCUGGCUCAUCGGAAAGGGCCGCUACCAGCAGGCAUACGAGUCACUUCAGAAGUUGCGCCGCAGCGACAUCCAGGCCGCCGUCGACUUCUACUACACGGCCAAGUGCAUCGAGGUCGAGGAGGAGAUCCGCUCGCACCGGAGGCGGUCUCGCUUAGUCGAACUUUUCACCGUCCCGAGGAACCGCCGUGCUGCUCGCGCUGCCGCAGUCGUCAUGUUCAUGCAGCAGUUCUGCGGUAUCAACGUAAGGCAGCGUCUCGCAGGUCGCUCGAGUUGA